AUGGUGGUGGUGAUGCUGGAGGUGUCGCUGGAGGAGGAGCCGGUGGAGGUGGCGCUGUUGGAGGAGGAGCUGUUGGACUUGGAGGAGGCUAUGGAGGUAAAGGAGGUGGUGGUGGGGGGGGCUCAGGAGGUGGUGCUGGUGCAGGUUCAGGAGGAGGAGGAACUGGUGGUGGUGGUGUUGGAGGAGGAAGUGUUGGAGUUGGUAAUGGAGGAGGAGGUGGUGGUGGCUGUGGAGGUGGUGGUGGUGGUGGUGGUGGCGGCAUUGGAGGGGUACACGGUGGCUUUAGAGGAGUUGGCAGUGGUCAUGCAGGUGGCGAUGGAGAAAUUGGUGCUGCAACGACCAAGGAGCACGUCCCUUCGCCACAGCUCCAGGUCCACUGCAAUUGUACUCCGCAUGGACUAG